GAGAGAGAGCAAGGAGAGCCCACCUUCCACAGAGAGGGGCCGGGCAGCUAACCGGAAGACUGUAGCAUCUCCCGUCGCCCAGGCUGCCUUGCUGCCACCAGAUGGCGCCUCUCACCGUAUUAAGCAGCCCAUGCCAACAACCUCGUGUGCUGCUGGUCAUGGUAAGCAAACUAUGCCAGUAGAGGGCACCACUAGUCAGGGUAAGCAGCCAGCCAGCACUGCAGCACAGGCGACGCCGAAGAUGGGAGGCGAGGCGGAAGCGAAAAAGGCUAGAGGGCCGACGGUGGUGACAUCUGGUGUGCGAGUCGGCGGGAGCUGGGCGGACAGAGUGAAGGCGUUGCCACAUGCGACGGCCAUUGUCAAGCCGCAGCCCGUCGCAACUACGGAAGUGCUGGAGGACGACGAGGGCUGGGAGACAGUGCAGCGCAGCAAGCCGCGCCCGAAACCAACCAACGGCAGCGGCAAGGCACGACCGCUAUCAGCCGGCGCGACGCCCGCAUCCGUUACCGCGGCAACGAAACCGAGCGGGCGUGCCGCCGAGAAGUCGCAGUCCCACACGCGUGGCACGCGGUCCCGCGCCGCGGCCGCCUCACCCCUGCAGAGGGCGCCACCAGCUAGGAGACCGGCGUGGCAGCUGAAUCGUCCGUCGCCGGCGGUGUCUCUGCCGACGCUGUACGCAGCGAAAGCGAGGCCGGACACGCUCGACCUGCCAGGGGGCGCCAUGAGCGAGGCGCACAACGUGAGCCACCACCAGGAGGCGUUGCCGAAGGCGUCGUCGGUGCCUGCGCUCGCGACGAACGAGUCGUCAAGCCGACUGGCAUCCUCCGAGUCGAGCGCAGCUUCCGUGCAGUCGCAGGAUGCGGUUGCCGUGGCGACGGAGGACCAGGUGGAGCAGGGGACGAUCGCGAGCACGCGAGAUGGUGACAAUUACUCGCUAGAGAUGAACAUGCUGCUUGAUGCAAGGGACUCUGUGGAUCUGCGACUCGAAGACUUUGAUCUGGAUCUGGAUCCUGAGCGGGAGCAGGCCCUCCAGACAGUCAUUCAACAGGAGGAAUCCCUGACUAAGGAGCUGGAGCAGGAGGAGAGGAAAGAGAUCGUUGUCGAUACGGAACCUGAGACGGAGGAAGCUGACGACAUCGAUGAAGAUGAGGAAGAGGAGGGUGUUCUGAUGCAGUCGCGGGUGGAGUCUACUGAGCCAUCACAGGACUGGAAUACCAUUGUGACUCAGUAUGAAUCUCGGGUGGAGGAGCACAUGUCGUGGGGAGACAUCGUCGAGGCGAGUGAGAGUCGACUGCCGGGCCGUGCCCUGCAGAUUCACGAGAAGCUCUCCUCACCCUCACGCAAACGGUCGCUGACAGAAUCCAUCAGACGACACAAGGAGAAGCAGGCAAAGGCACUGGAGUUGAGGGAGAAGCUGAUGGAAGACAAGGCUCUUCACCUGAAGGAGCUCUCCAGAAAGGUAGAGGAGGUGAGAGCCGUGAAGGAGGAUCUGCUCAGUCAGCGUCGACUCGCGAUGGAGGACAAGCUGCAGCGAGCCGAGGAGAAGAGGCUGCAGCAGCUUCAGAUGAAGGUCAGCAAGUGCAAGGAGGAGGAUGCAAAGGUGAUUCACAUCGAUCCACGCCGCUGUGGAGGUCAGUGA